UAGAGUAGGCCGAAAUCCGGCAGUUAGAGGUUGAAGCGCCACCAGUGUUAUGGCCUUUUCCUGUUCACGCUUGUUCCGAGGAAGACGUGAACGAAACUUGUGUGAUAAAUCAUGGCUGACGUAGAAGCAUAUGAUGAUAUAGUGGUACCUACCGCAACAACUUUGCCAGUGGCACUCUCUGCCGAAUUGCCAGAAAUUAAAUUGUUUGGUCGUUGGAAUUGCGACGAUGUGCAGGUGAAUGAUAUGUCGUUACAAGAUUACAUUGCUGUCAAAGAAAAAAAUGCAAAGUACCUGCCACAUUCUGCUGGACGUUAUGCCGCAAAGCGAUUUAGAAAAGCACAAUGUCCUAUUGUCGAACGUCUUACAAAUUCUUUGAUGAUGCAUGGUAGAAAUAAUGGCAAAAAGUUAAUGGCAGUAAGAAUUGUAAAACACGCCUUUGAAAUAAUUCACCUGUUGACAGGGGACAAUCCUUUACAGGUUCUUGUGACUGCUAUCAUCAACUCAGGACCAAGAGAAGAUUCUACCCGCAUUGGUCGUGCUGGUACAGUUAGAAGACAAGCGGUGGACGUUUCUCCGCUACGACGAGUAAAUCAGGCCAUUUGGUUAUUAUGUACUGGUGCUAGGGAAGCUGCGUUCCGUAAUAUUAAGACAAUUGCUGAAUGUUUGGCUGAUGAACUUAUCAACGCUGCCAAAGGUUCGUCUAAUUCUUACGCGAUUAAAAAGAAAGACGAACUUGAACGCGUCGCUAAAUCUAAUCGAUAAACGUGUUUAAUCGUUUUAAACAUAAAAAUAAAUGAUUUAUCUUUAAA